AAAGACAAACAUAUGUGAUCACGUGCGCCGUGGUGUUUGUCGAACAAAGAUGGCCGCGUCGUUGUGAUAGUCUGUUGGUCGAUGGAAAGGCGUAUGGCUAGCAUAUAUUUGUUGGCACAGAUCAGUCACAUAGCAGCAGUGAAGACCAAGAAUAAUGUAAGGGUUGAGAGUGAAAUGUUGGCAUGGCAGUGAAAUAUCUUGAUGAUGAACAUACUCAGUCUCAGGCAGUAACAAGGGAGAAGCCUGAAAGAGAAUCAACUGAUACCAGCACACAUAUUACAUCGGAAACGAAUUAGGAGAAGUGUCACUCCAUUUGGAGAAAUAUUUUUCUAACCAGUCCUCUACGGUACCAGUGACAUAUCAAAACAGUACUGAACGAAAGAAUAUACAUCUUAGCACCGAAGAACAGAUUCAGCAGGAAAGGAUUCCCCAGGUACAAAUUGAGCAGGAAAGGAUUCCACUGGUACAAAAUCCACAGAAAGGGAUUUCAAAGGAAAAGGUUAUUUUGGAAAGGAAUACAAAGGAAACGGAUCUCAAGCAUACUGUAUUUCAAACAGGUGACUGGUUCUACUAUAUCUGCCCAUUGAUAAUAUUUGUAGGCAACAGACUGAAUAUGUCUUCACUUGAGAAUCUGUAUUUCAGGCAAUUGGUAUCUGGUGAACCAAUGGGCAUUGUGGAAGAGAUGAAGUUUGAAGCUCUUCGUCUCAAAACAUUCGCACAGUGGAUGCUGCUUGACAGUGCUAGUCCAAUUAGGUUAGCAAAAGCAGGAUUUUUUUACACAGGAAAUGAAGAUGUUGUUAAAUGUUUUUCUUGUGACAUUGUGAAAGGAGGCUGGAACAGGAACAUGAACCCAAUGCUGGUUCACAGAGAACUAAACCCGUCAUGUUCCUUCUGUCAAAAUGAAACUGAUGUGAAUAUCCCAUUCUUUGUUCCACAACCAUCUGAGUACCAGGAAAUCCAGGAUUCCUUGCACAGACAAUACUGUGGCACUGACUCGCCAGCCAUCACCAGCAGCAGCAUCUCAAACCGGCACCAAGACAAUCCAAAUUAUUCCAGCGCCACCUUCAGGCAGAAUCAGCCAACAUCAACUCAGACGAACUUCCCUGUUGUGGCUACAGACUCUGGUGCAGCGGAAACGAGUCGCCAGGCUAUUGGGACAGCUGGAGGACUUGGACAAAGACAUGAUUCCGAAGCUACUCCGACCAGAGAGGAAUUUGCACCCAUGAAGGAGGAAACCAACCGUUUCUCCAGCUUUGAUGCCAACUGGCCAAGACAGAACACCCCAGACCCCAGAGAUCUGGCCCGAGCUGGAUUCUACUUUACAGGGACCGUCGAUCGCGUACAAUGUGUGUUCUGUAGAGGAAUCCUUCGCAACUGGGAUGAGGACGAUGUCCCAAUGGAGGAACAUCGGAGACACUUUCCUAUGUGCCCAUUUGUCAUGGGUUUGAAUGUUGGAAAUGUACCAGACCCUGCGUCUAUCAUAUCUGCCAAUAGAUCAUCUGAGUUCAUGAACGUGACCCAGCCAGCUGCUGUUAUCAGUGAUGCAAGCUUGGGGAUUGUCACUGAUCGUCCCAGACAUCCACAAUAUGCCGUGGAAGCUUCCCGAGUCAGCUCCUUCCGAAACUGGCCCAGUGGAAAGGAACAGACUCCCGAGAUGUUGGCAAAGGCUGGCUUCUUUUAUGCAGGUUUUGGUGACAGUGUAAAAUGCUUCUUCUGUGAUGGUGGUUUGGCGCACCUGGGAGCAGGCGAUGACCCCUGGGCUGAACAUGCCAGAUGGUUUCCUCGCUGUCCAUACGUCGCGGCAUCAAGGGGCGAGAGCUUCAUCCAGACAGCUCUUGGUGGACGUGAGCCAACAACAUCAACAUCUGACAACAGCACGUCAUCCACGUCGGAACAAACACAUAAUGGUAGAAACAUCAUUUUUCAAGCUGCAACCAUCACUGCAACAAGGAAGAAAGCUGUGCAGACCUUAGACCCUCGAGAGUUGUCUGCCCGGAUGGACAGCCCCAUGGUGCAGACAGUGCUGAAGAUGGACAUUCCCCGAGACAGAGUGGCCAAAGCCAUACAGAACAGACUGCAGGAGACAGGUGAUGACUUUGCCUCAAUCGAAGCUCUGAUGGAAUCCAUCUUUCAGCUCCCUGAUGAGGAGCAGUCUGCUCCACAAACAACCAAAGCAGCUGUUGGAUCUUCUGACCGCAAUGUUGAUGAUGCCAUUAAAGAUGACAUUGGUGAGAAAGGUGAUGACUCAUGUGAGAGAGCAAUGGAUGAUGAUGAUGAUGCCUCCAGCGAUGAGGAUUCCCAGUCCUUGAUAGAAGAAAACAGACAGUUGAAGGAACAGAGGCAGUGCAAAAUUUGCAUGGAUGAAGAAGUGAACGUUGUUUUCCUACCGUGUGGCCAUCUUGUUUGUUGUGCCACCUGUGCACCUGCCCUGCGGAAAUGUCCAAUUUGCAGAGCCAACAUUCGUGGCACUGUCAGGACAUUUAUGUCGUAACUGUUUGGGGAAUUAUUUUGAUUUGGUUUUGUUUCAGCUGUUCCAUUUAUUUGCACUCUUUAUCUCUGAUAAUCGCUUUGAAUGAUUUCAUUAUAUUUGUAAUGUGUCAAUUAAGCAAGUUUGUUAUGUAUUUAUUUUGGUAUCAUUUAAGUUAAUGAAGAAAUAGUACCUUUCUCUGUAUACUUUCAGCAAAUUUAUGCUUCAAUGUAAAACAUGAAACACAAAUGUUUGCAUGUUGAAGGAAGGAUGUUCUGUAUGGAUUGUCAUGUCAGCGGGUUUUACACUACCUUCUUACUCAGGGCUGACUUGCACAAAGCAGUCUUAGUGCUACAGUGAUUGUAACUCCCAUGCUCCAACAUAGGCUUAAGAUAGUCGUAGCACUAAAAUCGCUUUGUGCAAGUGGGCCCAGGUGUAUAUGAGAGUUGGAAUCCAUGAAUAGGUUUCCCUGACUUGGUAGAACAUUACCUGAUACCUUGUUCCAUGUUACCUCAGCUUUGGUGUUGGCCUUUGGUGUUGGCCUCAGCUUUUUUGAUUACUGUGACAUUUGCGUGCACACAGUGAUGUUUAUGUAACUUUACAUUUAUUAUAUAUUUUGUUAACCAGUUAGUUACCAAUAAGAAAUUUGUAUGCCCUAAGUAUAUUAUUAUCGUUGACACUUUUGUGUUUUCUGCAGUUAUCCGUUCCCAUUCAUAUAUCUCUUAUAUGAGGUGUGUUUCAUUAAUGUAUUUGGCGAACUUGCCAAUAAAAACAUAAAUGUACAAUAUUGGUUCUGGUCUAAUUAUUCAGUAAAUCACACUUCUUGAUUUC